AUGUCCGUCGCCGCCAAUGUCGCUGGCUGUGCCGACGUGAACGAUUCUUCGUCUGUCCCCGAGUGGGCUUCUGGUUGCUCUAAGAAGAGCUUGAUCAAGGAGUGCGAUUGUCAGUACACCGCCGGCGGUGACGCUGAAGCUCCCGCGCCAGAUCCCGCCUCUACUACUCUUGCUACUCGCGUUGCUUCUGCUGUACCCGAGGCUACAGCUGCGAAGCCUGUUGAGUCUGCUCCUGAUGCUGGCUCUGCCGCUGGAGGUAGCUGUGGUGCUGCUAAGGUUGAUCAGCUUGUUGGUUAUGGAGAUGGUACCACUGGAGGUUCUGGUGAGCCUGUUGUCGUCAAGUCUUGCUCGGAGCUCAAGUCUGCUCUUAAGAACAGUGGCGUUAUCCACAUUGAUGGCCAGCUUAGCGGCUGCGACAUCAUGGAAGUCCCCAGCGACACUACCAUCGCUGGAAUCGGUGCCAACUCUGGUCUCACCGACAGUGGUUUCCGUAUCAAGAAGGUCAGCAACGUCAUCGUGCGAAACCUCAACAUGCACAACCCCCCUAAGGAAAUGGAUCUCAUCGACAUUGAGAGCUCAACCUACAUCUGGAUUGACCACAACGUCUUCUCAUCCGAGGGCAUCACCGGCGACAAGGACUACUUCGAUGGUCUCCUCGACGCCAAGCGUGGCUCCGACUUCCUGACCUUCUCAUGGAACAAGUUCGUCGACCACUGGAAGGCCAGCCUGAUCGGACACAGCGACGACAACGGCUCCCAGGAUACUGGUAAACUGCACGUCACAUACCACCACAACUACUGGAGCAACAUCAACAGCCGCGCCCCUUCCAUCCGCUUUGGAACCGCGCACAUCUACAGCAGCUGCUACGAGGACCUUCCCACGUCUGGAGUCAACUCUCGCAUGGGCGCCAAGGUUUUGGUUGAAGCGACUGCGUUUGUCAACGUGAAGAAGUCCAUCAUCACUAACCUUGAUUCUCGAGAGGAUGGCUUCGCGGUUGAGAAGGAUAACCUGUUUGAGAACAGUGAGCCGGCUAUUACUCAGGAGCAGGAGUUUACGCCUCCUUACGAGUACACUGUUGACUCUGCUGAUUGCAUUUGUGAGCUUGUCAAGGCCAAGGCUGGUACUGGUGUCAUCACUGCUUAG